UCAAAAGAGCCUGUUUUCAAUUAAAAGGCAAGCCUCCUCAAAAUGAAGCUCUUCUUUCUCCAUACGAAGAGAAGAAUCCAGAAUGUCCCAAUAUUCCAAGAUAAAUAGUGCAAUGCAGCAGACUUUCGGAAAAGAAGUGCAAAUGAAGGACUUUUCAAAAAUCCUGAAGGUCAGCCGACUUUGAGGAUCCAGUUUAAAAUUCCCAUUUGAUAAAAAGAUAAAAGCCAAAGAAAAACCUCAACCAGAAAACAUGGAAGGAUGAGAUAAUGCCAAACAAAGUAACCAGAAAGAUGAUGCUUUAUUUACAUUCGGGACUUCAUUUGGAAUAAAAGCAGAAGAUUCGAAAAAGAAGAAUUGCAAUAUAGAAAAUAAGCAUACCCCCUCCACCAAGCAGAGCUCUUCAAGAGAGAAGUAUCGUCAAAAUAGCCAAGCAGCUCUUAAAGAGCUAAACCAAAAGAUCCAAUGGAGGAAGCAGCAAAUUUCAUCACGAAGACUCAAAGAAAACUCCAGUGACGAUAUUAAAAUACCUGAGAUUAGAUUUGCAUCUCAGGGUCGGAAAAAGAGAAGACAGCCGGUGAAUUUUCGAAGAAAUGGCCCUCGAAUCGCCAGAAACGUCUUCAUCUCAAACUGAGUAUCCUUCUCAAGAGGAAAUAACAACAGAAGAGGACUACCCAAUAGUAAUAAGCCAGGUUUAAGUGGCGUAGAUGAUAGCUACUGAUAUCAAGAAAAUAACUCGAUGGCCAAUAUAAUCCUCCCUGUAUUAAAUGAUGAUACUCCAGAGGCCGGCUCGUCCUUUUCUAACGUCCCUGUUCUCGACAAGAACUUUGAAGGUUACAUAAAAGAGAGAAAUUUUAGUAAAGAAAGUAAUAGAGGAGACAAGAAGGGAUACUUUGGUAAUCUUGAGCCUCCUACCAAUUCCUCAUUUAUAAGCAAUGUCAACCUCAGGAAUUUAUCAUACAUCGAAAAGAAAAAUUUCCAAAUAAAAGAUACUAAGAGAGGGCUUCUCAGCAAUAAGGGAACAGAAGAGAAAGUCUGAGAGUACUGAGGUUAUAAGAAACAAGAAGGUGAAAUACAAAAGUGAAGAUGUAAUAUCCAUUUUCACAUUAACCAUACCAAAGAUUGGAAGAGGUUUUUAAACUCAAACGAUAAGCCAUUCACUACUAAAAUGGAAUACAGAGUUCUUAAAGAUCGACAGAAUAGAAUUCAAAUCCCUCGCAAUAAGAGAAUAAAUAUCCCAAGAAAUGGCCAAAACUGUAUUCUUGAAGGCAAAGAUAUCAUUUUAAAUAAGAAACAACAAAAGAUAUUCAAAAGGGUCCUCUCUGGAAAAUCAAGAGCUAAACCUCAGAUGCCAAUCAUUAGUAAUGGAGUCUACAUCCGGUCUCAAAAGAGAUACAGGAAUGAUCCAAGCCACUUUCGUGAUUUCAGUCCAGAAUCAAUGAUCUUCCAUUCAUAACUCAAUUUUUCUAAAGUUCCUCAUCUUCCA